CGGUCCCUUGUAAGAUAUGUAACAUACAUACAAAUGUAUUUCAAUGAGUUGGAAACCAAGAGAAGUUUAUCAACUACCUGGAACCAGUCGGUAUUUGAGCCAGUGUUUCGUCUCAAUUAUAUCGUUCACGUAAAUGAACCGAACCGGUUCGUGGACAACCUUAGAUUGUUUUUUCAGAGCUAGGCUCAGUUCAGCUCGUCGCAGAUCAACUAGUUGGUAGUGUGUAUUUAUGCAGGUUAUUAACUUUCACUUUGCUUACAACAAGCUGCGAGCCAGCCUACGCGUAAAACACAAUUUAAUCGGUGCUGCCGUGGAUGAAAUUUAAAUAUUAGAAUCGGGACCAACGGAAAGAAUGUAAGCAGUUUCGACAAUGGCGUCAAUGGGAUCCAAAUACGAGCGUAUAUUAGGCGACUGUCAGGCGAAGAACAUACUAUGGGAGGACCCCGAUUUCCCCGCCUUGCAAUCCUCCGUUUUUUAUUACCAGACACCUCCAUUUACUUUUCAAUGGAAGCGGAUCGCAGAGCUAAACCACACUCAGGCGGUCUUCCUUAGCGAGGGUGCCGAGUUUGACGUGGUGCCCGGGAAAAUGGGAGACCGCUGGCUAGUCUCAUGCUUGGGCGUGCUAUGUUCGCUAAGGAAUCUGUUCUACCGCGUCGUGCCCGCUGAUCAAACUCUUGCUAAGGCACAUGGCGUCUUUCGCUUUCGGCUAUGGUGGUGCGGCGAAUGGAUCGAGGUGCUUGUUGAUGAUCGCCUGCCCACAAUCAACGGUCGCCUGGCGUUUAUGCAGCCACAGGGCUCUCAAUGUUUUUGGGCUGCGCUUCUAGAGAAGGCUAUCGCCAAGCUUCACGGCUCUUAUGAAGCCCUUAAGUAUGGUACGCGGUCCGACGGACUUACCGACUUACUCGGAGGUGUAGUGCGCUGCAUGCCAAUCGUUAAGGACACCAUUCGACCACAGACACUUAAGGAUCAAUUAGCCACAACCUGCAUAGUCACCUGCCUGGCGACUAAAAACGUUUCGGUUCAGAAAAAAAACGUAGCGGAACGACUUCCCAAUGGGAUCCUGUUAAACAUCAAUUAUAGGCUUUCCGGUUUAGAUAAAGUAGAGACCCUCAUGGGCGACUCCGUGCAGUUAAUAAGCUUGAGGGAUACAUUUUCAACCAAACCCUUCGGGGAAAAAACGAAUUUCCUCGGUGAUUGGUCGCCACUCUCAAAGAUGUGGGAACGUGUUUCACAAGCGGAGCAAGAACGUUUGAUCACUCACCUGGGCCCAGGCGAAUUUUGGAUAUCAUUUUGCGAAUUUGUACAGAUCUUCACCAACUUGGAAGUAGUCUACCUCGACUCGGACACGGCCAACGACGAGGAGGUGCUGAAAAAUCGCCCUUUUCAUUGGAAAAUUAAAAUGUACCAAGGCCAAUGGAAACGCGGAGUGACGGCUGGAGGUUGUCGAAACCACGAAUCGUUUCACAUAAACCCCCAGCUAUUAAUUUCUAUACAGGAUCGGCAAGAUGUCGUAAUCGCCCUCAACCAGCACACAGCUGUAGAGCCAAAAGUGAUUGGAUUCACAAUGUACACAUGGGACCGUGACUACGGUUUCAAUGAGUGCUUACCGAAGGACUUUUUUAAAAGUCACGUGAGCCUUCUUAAUUCGGAUUACGGAAACACACGACACGUAAGCUAUCACACGCAGCUGGAAGUGGGUCACUACGUACUUAUUCCUACUACUUACGAGCCAGGUGAGGAAGCACAUUUUACGGUGCGGAUCCUGGGUACAGAAUCCUUAAGGCUUUCCUGCCUUGAAACAGAGACCAUGAUACUGCUUGACCCAUUUCCCGCUCUCAAGACUGAGGAAAGCGGUAGUAAGGAAAAGAACGUAUGCCAGUACGAGCCCAUUUACAUGCAGAUAGCUGAUGAAAACAAGACUAUCAACUGUUUCGAGCUUCAUGAGCUUCUUGAAGCCUGCCUUCCCAAUGACUACAUAAAGGGUUGUGCCAACAUUGACAUAUGUCGUCAGGUGAUUGCGCUUCAAGAUAAGUCUGGCAGUGGGCGCAUUACCUUUCUGCAGUUUAAGACCUUUAUGGUGAAUCUUAAGUCCUGGCAGGGCGUUUUCAAGAUGUACACCAAAGAAAAAGCUGGAAUUUUGCGGGGCGAACGCUUACGCGACGCCCUCUGCGACAUUGGUUUUCAGCUCAGCACCGACAUUAUGAACUGCCUCAUACAGCGCUACAUUCGCAAAGAUGGUACACUGCGCCUAAGCGACUUUGUGUCGGCCGUCAUUCAUCUGACCACUGCUUUCAACCAAUUCAACUUAAAGAACUACAGCCAAGUUAAUGUGAUCGAAGUUCACCUAAACGACUGGAUUAAAAGCAUCUUAAGUUCUUAAACGCGCAAAUAUCACCUAAUCAGUGUGUUCCUAAUCUAUUGGCAGUUUCAAUAUUCUCAGGUGCUCAGAUUAAAUUUGAAAUAUUUAUAUAAUUCAUUGGAUUUUUAAUUGAGAAUUUUUUAAAAUUAAAAUAAUUAUUUUUUUAAUAUUUUAUCUCAAUGUGGUAGAGCAUUGCUCAUUAAGAUUAGCCGAGUAUUUCCACUGGUUUCCAAAAAUCUUAAAAGAAUUAUACCAAAAAAUUUUUCAGAUGUUUAUACAAUUUAAAACAAAAAGAAAAGCUAA